AGGACCGCAUUUCUCUCUAGUAUGAUUGGUUUUUGGUAAUCCUCGUCCGCCCGACGACCUGCUCCUUCAUCUAAUGUAGACUAGACCUGCUGGAUUUCUAUUUAUGUUCAUAGUUUUCUAUAGAUUUCCUCUAUAGCAGGCAGGAAAAUUAUUUUUGUGUCCUAUUUUUCUUGAUUGAUGCAGUAUCUCUACCUGCAUGGCUGUACUUAAUCAAAAUAUUAGGUCAAUCAGUGUUCUAAAAAUCAAUGUAUGUUGACUUCCCCACACCUAACUACCUAACCUAAAUAAUUAGUGAUAAUAGCUGACUUGAGGACUUAAAUAGGUGAUUCGAGGCUUCUAGAUUUUGGAAGACGAUUAGAAUUUCAAGAACCACGUAUACUCAUUUACAACAACCCCAUAUAAUUAUAAUUACAUCAUUUAGUAAGGAACUGGAGAGAGUCCACGGUGUAUUAUAUUUAUAUAGUGUAUUAUCAUCAUCUUCACGCUUCUGCUGUGUUGUACUUUAGAGUUUAUCGUGGUGGGUGUAGUAUGGAUCAAUCAUUGGACAUUUUGAGUUUGCUGAUAGAUAGUACGAGUAUGCUGAUGCUUGUAGUAAUCGGAACAUAUUGAGUAAUAUUACAUGGCUCUCCUUCUCGUGUAUGCCGUAUGAAUAUGAUCGUUUAGGGAGGCUUAGGUGCAUAUUGGAGAGGUCAAGUAAUAGCCGACUUGUUGCUGCAUCCACGCGGCAGAUUUUGCGCAUCCCACCGCCGAAUAAGCGUCCUCAGCGUUGUCCUCGUUGCAAGUCUUUUUCCGUUCAUUACUGGUAAAAAAUAGUACAGUAGGAAGGUAUCAUGGGGCGUGAAGCGUGGUUAUAUGGGGGCCCGGUGAGUGGGUCGCCUGGGUAUGGGAAUGGCAAUGGAUAUGAUUAUGUCGAGAGCACGAGCAGUGCCCGUGGAGGUCCUCGUGGGAAUAUUGUUAUAGGGGGUCCCUCCAGCCCAGGUGGUGGGACGAGUAGGAGAAAUUACGGAGGCAGUUUCUCCCCUAAAGCCGCGAGUAGAGGAGCAGGCACAUCCAGCAAGACAAGUACUGGUGGCCCACUUGUCUGCACAAACGUCGUCCCCGUAGAGCUAGAGGGGGAACUUGUUAUACAACAAAAUAACAGUCGUCGUAUUGACGCUUGUCUCCUCAAAAGGUUCCAAGCAAGCAGCAAAUUUUUCAUGGAGGAGGAAGGCGAACACUGGCUGACGAAAUAUCACACCUUCGGCUACUAUCGCGACCUCAAGACGCAGGAACGCAUCGACCUGCCUGAACGAAGUAAAGUCGCAGCAAUAUUGGGCGAGCUUGAUCUUUUUCUGCUGCAACCAGUGACCAAGAAAUUCAAUCUCAGGUAUUAUUUGUCCUUCUAAUCAAGUUUCCGACUAAUUUAGAAACUCCUUCAUUCGACAAUGUGAAUGUGAUUGAAAGUCGCGCGAAGAACAACAGGAUUAGGACGCCGGUGAUGAGCAUAAGGAUGAUGAUUUCUACGAACUUGUUCAAAAUGAAUCACAGGUACCACACCUUCGGCGAGGCGCAUUGUUGCGCAAAGAAGGCAGGGAUGACGACAAAGGACCCAAUGGUGGUUCGCAAUCCAGAGAACGGGAAGAUUUCCAAGACCGUCGGAUAUCGUACAUCCAUUCUGUUACGCGUGCGUUUGCACCCGACAAAGGGCGAUCCGCGAACUCAAUUUCUGUCCAAAGGCACGCUAGUGGCGAUUCUGCUGCAUGAGAUCGCGCACCUUCGACACAUGAACCACGGACGCGACUUUAUGCUCUUCUUGAAAGAGCUUUUUACGUUUGCUCACGAUGACCUGAAGAUUUUUGAUCAUGAGCUGCUGGGGGAGAACGAAGUUCCGUCGCCGUGGGAAUGGGAAAACAUGAUCUACAAAACGAACGGCAAAGUUGCGGAGAAGAUGCUCGACAAAAAAUUCGCAGAGCACCUAGAGAAGGAGAAAGCAAAGGCACUAGAAGCGAAGAAAGCUGGGCAGCCAGAGUCUGUAGCGCUAACAAGUAGUCCGACAGUGGGAAAUGACCACAGUCCAGUACAUCGAGAUCCAUCAUUGUCCUUGUCUCCUAGCCAUGGAGGAGGAGGGGAUCUAUCGCAAUCAAGAGACGCAGAUGGCGCAACAAACGCGAGAACAGGGAGUCUCGAAUCGCCGACCGCAGGCGACCGAGGCUCCCCCGACAGCAAAAAGGGUAUGACAAGUCCUGUUGCGAAUUCCACUGGGCAAACAGCGACUACCAAAAAAACGACUGGCAGUGGUGCCACGUCGACUUCCUCGAGUGUAGCAGCACGGGCAACAACGGGCGGCAUGACUCUGACAAGUACUAGUAGCAGUGCAGUGGUGAUCAGCCCACCGAAACGGCUGAGCUCUCUUGGCCCAGGUUCCACGAUAGGUUCUCCUAAUCGGGAAUUGCGUGAGGCUCCUGCUAGGAGAAAUAGUGUUGGAGGCUCGACAACGGGAAAUGGAGCAUCGUUGCUGGUCGUGGGUCAGUCGCCAGGGGGUAGCAAGUCGGCGCGUGGUGGCCCCGUUGAUGGUACGCUUAGCCCGGAGAGCAAGAUUCAGACGCAGUGUGCGUCGUCGCCUACGGCAGUAAGUCGCAUGGGUCGGUUCGAAUCCCAACCGCACACUAGAGGUUUGAGUGGGUUACCUACCACGGCCUCAUCUUCCUCCAGUAGCAGUAGUAUCUUGAGCACGAGUACAUCAAGCGCGGCGCCCUCGUCAACGUCGGCGGUAGCAUCUGCGUCCGGUCUGCGUUCGCACAACUCGCCCGCUGUUUACAUGGAGGGUCACGACGGUAAUCCGAUCGAGCUCUUUUGCGGAAAUCCGGUUAAGUCUGCUCGCACAUUGACGAAACCGGUCGCACCGCGCUUAUCGACCAGUGGCCGGGGCGCAGCAAGGUCCCCAACCGGACCGUCAUCGCCGAAGGCACCCAAUUCGAUGCAAGGGGGCGGGAUCGGGCGGACCGAUGGCGGCAAUUCGCUCGUGCUCUCCCCUGGUCCAGGAAAUAGUGCUGCGAGUGCCCAAACUGGCGCCGACAAGAACAUGGCGACCAUGCUCAAUAUGGCUCACAGCCCAGUUUUCCAGUCGGCGUACGAGAGACUUCGGUCAAUAGGAGCUCUGGGCUCUCAUACAAAGGCGCGCGACGCCGCGAAAAACGCUGAGGAGCAGCCUACGCGAGCCGUCUCUCAGUACUCAACACUCCAAGUCGGUGACUUUUUCAAAAAGUGAAACAAGGCGGACGUUUGCAAAAAGCUUCCCUUGGAUAUCUCGAUCGAUAGUCGCUACUUGCCCUUAAUGGUCCAUUGCAACAACUGUGUACUUACUUAUAAUCAUUUUGAUAGAUAUAGGCAAGUAGAACAAGUUGUAGAUUUAUCUGCUCCUAAAAUUAGUCUAGUAAUAGAACAUAGCCCCCAACAUCGGAGAGGUCGAUAUCCUCUGCCGCUCGAGAGAUUUCACGUCAGAUAAGAUCAGUUUUUGAGUUUGACGGUACUAAUUUAUUAUUUUCUAGACACGCACCCAACUAGAAGUAACAAACAAGUGGAAUCCGAUUCUAUUCAUUUUUUGUCGCUCAAAUAGUAACAAACAAGUGCUGAAAUCCGAUUCUAUUCAUUUUUUGUCGCCUUUUUAUCCUACAAACAUGAACUUUUAAACUAUCCAGUUCUCACUGUGCGUACUUAUUAAUUAUACUCGCUGUGCACACCCGCCUCAAGGUCAAGGCUGGGUAUAUCAUCAUCACUACUAGAAUAGAACAUGAACAUGAACAUUGAGAUUGAGUGAUUCUUGUUUUUUGUUGACAGUGUAAUUCUUGCAGCAUUCAUCGUGGCUUUCCUUUCUAAUCAAGCAUCGGAAAGGAGUCUCUGUGCUGUGUGCUUGUCGUGUAUAGUUUAGUGUUGCAUUAGAACAAGAAUAAAAAGUCUUAUUUUCGGCAGGGGAGAGGCACAGCCUUGGUUGGAGUCGAAGUGGAUUUUUCGGUAUUUUUGUACCUUGUUUGAAUCCCCUGCUUCUCGUCUUGUCUGUGUUCCACUACUAGAAAUAAGAUCUACUUUGGCAGUGCAUACAACUACUGGUAUCAAAGAUGCAGUCACCACCAAUCAUGCACAUGAUGAAUGUUGUCGAGAACGAUAUCUGUUCGUCCAUUCGUCAUUCCUGUUGUAACGUAAUGUGAAAGAAAAUGAAAAAACAGUGAAAAAAUUGACCAAACAAGAGCUGAAGCAGCACCGAGGAGCCUCGAGC